UAAAUUUCUGACAAAUAAAUAUUUUAGGUUAGGUUUGUCAUUGCAACAUGAAAGUUAAAAGAUAUAAAAAAGUGAGCAGGUAUUUGAGUUUUUAUAUAAAUAGUUUUAAUUUUCGACAACCAUAUCAAUUAUUAAUCGAUGGGACUUUUUGUUUAGCCGCGUUAAACAAUCAAAUAAACAUAGCGGAUAACAUCCCGAAAUAUUUAAACGGCGAAUUAAAAUUACUCACCACGCAAUGUGCAAUAAUAGAAAUGGAAAAAUUGGGGGCGAAAUUACAGGGAGCUUUGUUAAUUUUAAAACAAUAUUCUUUACACAAAUGUGGUCACGAACGACAUCCAAUUUCUGGGGCAAAAUGUUUCUUAUCAAUGGUUGGAAAAAAUAAUGAAAAGCAUUACAUCAUUGCAACACAAGAUAGGGAAUUACAAAGCAAAUUGAGAUCUUUACCUGGAGUUCCUCUGCUUUACUUACAUUCGAAAGCUCCUGUUUUAGAUCCUCCAUCAGAAACUUCAACAAAAUUUGCCAAUUUAAGUCUAACAGAAAGAUAUGGUGUUCAAAAAACUGAACAGGGGACUUUGACAGAAAUUAAGGCUUACAAAGAAGAAGUGGAUGUAAAUAAAAAGCCAAAGAAAAGGAAGGGACCAAAAGGGCCAAAUCCGCUUUCUUGUAAAAAGAAAAAGAAAAAAAUUGGUGACAUAAACAAAGAAUGUGUGAAAAAGGAUAAAAAUAAAUUAAAAAAGAAAAUAAGAAUUUCAAAACAUGUUAGAGAUGAAUUGUUAAAGUCUUCAAUAAAUAACACAUAAUUUUUUAUUA